GUGUGCGGCUGGACCGGGUGCGUGGUGGUAGACAGAAGUACAAGCGCCGGAUAGACGCUGAGAACAGCCCUUACCUCAACCCUCAACUGGCCCUGCCUCCCAAAAAGCCAUUUCCCUUUGGCUGCCUUGCAGAUAACAAGAUCGUGUCGCACCUGCUGGUGGCUGAACCAGAGAAGAUCUACGCCAUGCCAGACCCCACCGUCCCCGACAGUGACAUCAAGGCCCUGACCACGCUUUGUGACCUGGCUGACAGAGAGCUGGUGGUCAACAUUGGCUGGGCCAAACACAUCCCAG